AUGCUUUUCUUCCUUCUGGCCUCUAUAGUUGCAGAUAAUGUUGAAAUAUCAAGACGCUCAUUCGAUACGCUCAAGGUUGGAAAUGCAUACAUAUCUUCUUCCCCAGACAGUGCAUCCACCGCCUGGAAUUCGGUCAAAAUCUCCUUUCCUGGAUACCACAGGUACGAUAUUAGAGAAAAUGAACCUCGGAAAUUUGAGCUAAUUGACCUCACUCAGUACUUCGGAGAAAAAGAGGAGAUGCAGUUCCGAAUAGACUUCGAAACAAAGUAUUAUGGGCUUAUACCUGAUGCGUGGGCCAUGAUUGCUGCACUGACCAUCUCUUCUGUUGUAAUGUUCAUCAUACCUCUAAAGAGUAUAUAA